ACAACAAUAACAUGCAAUGCUGCCUUGACCAUCAAUGCCACCAAAACAACAACAACAUCAAACAAUGCUAAUGUCACUUGUAACUGCAAGAACACCACCAACAUCACAGGCAGCAUCAACAACACCAUCACCACCUGCAAUAAUAAUACCACCACUAAAAGUACUACUACCAACACCAUCACCAACAUCAACAAUACCUAACACUACCACCGACGACAAUGCCAUACCACCACUAACAGUACUGCUACCAACACCACCACCAACAUCAACAACACCUAACACUACCACCGAAGACAAUGCCAUACCACCACUACCAGUACUACUACCAACGCCAUCACCAACAUCAACAACACCUAACACUACCACCGACGACAAUGCCAUACCACCACUACCAGUACUACUACCAACAUCAACAACACCUAACACUACCACCGACGAAAAUGCCAUACCACCACUACCAGUACUACUACCAACACCACCACCAACAUCAACAAUACCUGACACUACCACCGACAACAAUGCCAUACCACCACUACCAGUACUACUACCAACACCAUCACCAACAUCAACAAUACCUAACACUACCACCGACGACAAUGCCAUACCACUACUACCAGUACUACUACCAACACCAUCAACAACACCUAACACUACUACCAACACCACCGAUGACCUCAACAGCAACACCGACAGUACCACUGUUCUUUUCCAAAGGAUGCUGUUCCUGGGUACCUUCAAGAAAACUGGGUGGAGAGGAGAUGUAGCUGCCUUAACAUCAGAAUCCUUCCUCUUCCUUCUGCUCCUCCUCCUCCUCUUCCUCCUACCAAUUAUUUUUCCUUCUUUCUGGAAGACAUGGAACAGACUAACGAUACAAAUUGACGAUGAGGAUGAUGAUAACAAAAAUAAUAAUAACGAUGUUAAUAAUAAUAAUAAUAAUAAUGAUAAUGAUAAUGAUAAAAAAUAUUAAUAAUAAUUCUUUUUAACAACAACCGUGAUAAUGAUGAUGAUGAUGAUGAAGAAGAAGAAGAAAGAAAAAGAUCAAUCAAAAAAAAAAUACCGACUACCACCACUACCGCUACCACCACUGCAACACACACUAUCACCACACAUGGAUUAACUAAAUACAUUAUAUACAAGAUCCUCUCUACCUCCACCUUCUCCUCUUCCUCUUCCUACCACUACUACUACUACUACUACUACAAUCCCACCGACCCACCCACUGACCUCAACAGCUGCCUCCACAUCCAAAGCAAUGCAAAUUUGGCAGAAUGAUAAACAAAUUAAUGAAUGAAGGAACAAAUAAUAAUAAUAAUAAUAAUAAUAAUAAUUGACAAGACGUAAAAAUUCGGAUCGGUGAUGGUUGUAGUGGGGAAUGGAGAGCAAAAGCUUAUUCUUCUCUCUCUCUCUCUGUCUUUGUCUUUCUCUCUUCCUCUCUCACACAUCUUUAUCUCUUUUCCUUUCUUAUGAUUCCCUUCUCUCUCUCUUCUCUCUCUCUCUCUCUCUCUCUUACGUUUUCUUUGCCUUUCUUUCAAUCUGACUGUCUCUGUCUCUCUCUUUUUCUCUCUCUCUCUCUCUCUCCUACCUUUUCUCUCAUCCCCUUUCCUAAUUAUUCUCUCCAUUCCCUGCUACCACCAGCACCACCCUCCUCCUCUGCCCACGUAUGCCCCCUCCCCCCUCCUGCCAAUCUGACCAUCCAAUCAAUAAAUUAAAAAGAUCUCCCACCCCAACCACCACCACUACCAAAAAAGGCAAGUUCUCUGUUAAAACCUAAGACAUCAAACAGAAUCAAACACAACAAUUACAAAAAAAUAAACUUAAUUAACAAUUAACUAAGUAAUAAAAACAACAACAAAAGCAACAUAUAUGUGUAAUCAAAA